GGGGCGGGGCCGCCUCCGCGCCCGGGAGCCCCUGGGCUCGCGGCAGCGGCCCCGCGAGUCCGCGGAGGAGCGGCGGGCGGGCGAUGGAGCCCGGAAGACCCCGGGCGAGAGGAGGCGGGGUGGCGGAGGCGGGGAGAACGCGGGGGCGGCGGCUGGCAGGGGGCGCUGGAGGCACGAGCCGCCCGUGCGCUCCCGGCGCCCGCGGGUCCAGGAGGCCCUGAAGCCCCGCGAGCCCCGCGAGCCUCGGGGCCGGGCGGCGGCGGCCGGCGUGGGGGGCGCCGCGGCCGCCGGGGCUGCGCCGGCUUCGGCGCCUUUGUUCUCGCGCCCCUCGCCGCCCACUCCCCUGCUGCGGCGCGGCGGCGGCGCCCCUCCCGCCCGAGGCGGGCGGGCUCGACGCCGGGGGCGGCCGGGGGCGGGGGGAGCGCGCCAGCCGCCGGAGCCGGGGGCGAUGGCGAAGCUCCGGGUGGCUUACGAGUACACGGAAGCCGAAGACAAGAGCAUCCGGCUCGGCUUGUUUCUCAUAAUCUCCGGCGUAGUGUCACUCUUCAUCUUCGGCUUCUGCUGGCUCAGUCCCGCGCUGCAGGCUCUGCAAGCCACGGCGGCCAACUGCACGGUGCUGUCGGUGCAGCAGAUCGGCGAGGUGUUCGAGUGCACCUUCACCUGUGGCGCCGACUGCCGCGGCACCUCGCAGUACCCCUGCGUCCAGGUCUACGUGAACAACUCCGAGUCCAACUCCAGGGCUCUGCUGCACAGCGACGAGCAUCAGCUCCUCACCAACCCUAAGUGCUCCUAUAUCCCUCCCUGUAAGAGAGAAAACCAGAAGAACUUGGAAAAUGUCAUGAAUUGGCAACAGUACUGGAAAGAUGAAAUUGGUUCCCAACCAUUCACUUGCUAUUUUAAUCAAUUUCAAAGCACCUCUCUGUGGCCCGUUACCUGUGAGCGGCGUUCUUCACCAGCCGCCUGGCGCUCUGCGCUCUGCCUUCCUGACGGUGUUCCCACCUGCACACGACACCAGGCCAGAUGAUGUGCUCCUACAUCGCACGCAUGAUGAGAUCGUCCUCCUGCAUUGCUUCCUCUGGCCCCUGGUGACAUUUGUGGUGGGAGUUCUCAUUGUGGUCCUGACCAUCUGUGCCAAGAGCCUGGCAGUCAAGGCAGAAGCUAUGAAGAAGCGCAAGUUCUCUUAAAGGGGAGUAGACAUGCGGAACGCAAAGCACAGAAGCUGUGCUCAUCGGCACACGUCUACCUGCAGAACCUGUUUCCUGGCACAGCGGGUGGAAGGGGCCGUGAGAGGGCUCCAAGAGGACCCUCCCUCAAAGGCAGCAGAAACAGCCUGAAGUGGGAGACUGGGAACCUCGUAUAUCGUAUUCCAUGUGUCGUAGCUAUAGCUAACGGGUCAAGCUCUUAGCUGUAUGGAGUAACUAUAUUUUCCCUGGAAAGUAACAGCAUAUAUUUGUACAGUGUAGUAUACAAACCAUUAUGAUUUAUGCUACUUAGAAAUAUUAAAUUAGAGUUGUCUGUGU